ACCGGAGUCGAGCCAGGGGUCCUUCGGGCGUUCUCGUUGCAUAGAAACGAAAACCGUCUGGACGUCAUGCAAAAGCUACACACAGCUUAUGUUUGAAUUCUAGACGAGUGAAGGAAAUUUUUAAACUUUGUUUUAGAUGAGCAACACAGUUAUCUUGGUCUCGUGGAGUAAUAUUCAAUACUGGACAAUCAGUGACACGUAGAAACGUGCCUUCUUUGUGUGUUUGUGCGGAAUCGACAAACAAAAGAAAUGCGCGGUGCACAGCCGAACCACGCCACGACAACCGCAGCUAACGGAUGGCGGGCUAGCUAACCCUUACUGUUGUCAAUACCCGUCGGUUGCUAGGUCCUCUAGGAGCUUCUGUCAGUCUGCAUUUGCUUAGGUUAUAAAUUCAGCUGCGUUGACUGGCGCAUUCUAGACAACGCAUCAAAAAGUGGAACAUGGCCGGGGACCUCGGCGGCAUCUCUGAACUGGACCAGAAGAAAUACGAUGCAGACGAACAAGUGAAGAUCAUCUGCCUGGGAGACAGUGCGGUCGGUAAAUCUAAAUAACGCCAUUGGUUUUCUUUCUCGCAGGCUGAUGGAAAGGUUUCUCAUGGACCAAUAUCGUCCCCAGCAGUUGUCAACCUAUGCUUUGACUCUCUACAAACACACAGCUACUGUAGGAAGCAAGACAGUAACAGUAGAUUUUUGGGACACUGCUGGUCAGGAGAGGUUUCAGAGCAUGCAUCCCUCAUACUACCACAAAGCGCAUGCAUGCAUCAUGGUUUUUGAUGUUCAAAGGAAGAUCACAUAUAAGAACUUGUCCAACUGGUACAAGGAACUGAGGGAAUACAGACCGGAGAUACCCUGUUGUGUGGUGGCCAAUAAAAUUGAUGCUGAUUUGAAGGUGACACAGAGAAGCUUUAACUUUGGGAAGAAACAAGGACUUCCAUUUUACUUUGUAUCUGCAGCUGAUGGCACUAACGUUGUUAAGAUGUUUAGAGAGAUGAUAAAGAGAGCUGUGGACUACAAGCAAAACCCCAGUGACUUCAUGGAUGAAGUACUGCAAGAGUUAGAGAACUUCGACCUGGAGAAGAAGGAAGAUAAUUCAGGAGAGGAGGAUGAACUGAAAGUAGAGUCCUGACGUCUGUCACAUGUUCCUCAACAUUGUUGUCAUCUCAUGGAUUAAUUAUCUUUCUUUGGGGUUGACACUGUGAAUAGACACAAUAUUUAGUAAAAAUAUAUCUCUGUGAUGUCCCUCUGUGAUGAACACCAUCAAUAGGAACGUUCUGUGUCCUCACACUAUUAGAUUGUAACUGUACUACUGGAGGAUGGCUGACAGGCAUUUAGUCAGGAUUAAAGUCUCUGGUGUCCAUCUGUCCAGUGAUAUUGGCAGGGAAAUAAACCAGGUCCAACUGUGGUGCUUACCAGGUUUAAUUAGACACUAUUUUAGCCUUGCCAUCAUACUUUGGCUAACAAUAUCUACUGUUUUAAUAGAAAACCAAACAAUGCAGUUGAAUAUUUGCACGAAAACAAUUGCUUUGUCAUGUAAUGAGAAUGUGAAGCAUUGCAAAGUAAAUCACAGAGCAACAAGAGAACGUGUGAUUAUGAACCGUAUUUGCUGCUGUUCUCUGUUUGUGAAGUCUUGUGUGCGAUGCCAGUGGGAAGCUGCGUCCGAUGGCUGCUUUUGUUGCAUUAAUUCUAUAAUGUAAAAUCUGUAUUUCAGUAUCCUUUAAAUGAAAAGUUAAUGUACCAUGUAA